CGAGACAUUACUUGCGCACGCGCCGCCCGCCCAGUCGUCGGCCGCCCGCCCUACCGCGUGCGCACGAUCGCGUCAUAAUAAGAAACAGGAUUUCCUGAGAGCGAGCAAGAUCUCAACUCAUGGAUACGAGUUAGACCGCCACGAUGUCCUUCAGAAAUUAUUACGACACAUCAUCUUACGGCCGCAGCCGAGACACAGGGCGCAGCUCGUCCGUAUCCGGCGUGACGUCCGACCGGCCGACUUCAGUCACCGCCAAAUACAUCAGCACCACCCCUUCUUACAAGUCCUCCAGCAUUCCCAUACUCAGCGCCGAACGAAAAGACGAAUCACCCAUCUCAACCAUCGCCAACCGAUACGCUAACUACGGCAAAAAUGAUAAAACAACAACCAAAUACGAAAAGACAACACCUAAAUACGAAAAGAAGGACUACUCCAAACUCACAGUGCCUUCAAUCACAAAAAGUAGAGAUGUUAGUCCCGUAUCAUCUUCAUCGAAAUAUAGUUACAAUCGACCUUCAAGACAUUUAAGUCCUGAAAGAAGAACGACAAAAAAUUAUAAAGAAAAAAGCCGAGAUCCUAGUCCUGCGGAUCGCGACAAAGACAUUCCAAGCAAGACUGAUAAGGCUUCUGGCUACAGUAGCCUGUCGAGUUAUAAAUUGUAUCCACGAACUUCAAAUUACACACGGCCUUCUUCUAGAACAGAAACGAAACCUGAAGUUAGUGUGAAUAGAUACGCUAUAGCUAAUCGUUUGUCUUCAAAUUAUUUGAGAAGUCCUCCUACAGUCAAGAGAACUUCAGUGUCUCCUGUGAAUCAUAUUGAAACAAUUAAAACCGAGACUGAAAAACCGGUAUCCCCCUCGAUCAUAGUUCAAGACGUCAAUCAGGUAUCUCACAUGGAGACAGUCCCUGAAAAAAUAGAAAAUGAAAAUAAAAAAGAAAAGAGCGAUGAUAAUGAAGUCAAUGAUGAAAAUGGGUUUGAAACAAUAACAGUUAUUACCCGACAUACAUCACCUACCCCACCCGGAUCUUCUGCUUAUGUACGAAGUAGACGUGCUGAGAUGGCUAAAACGAUCGAAAAGUCAAUUACGCGAUUAAAGAAACUACCACAAAUGAUUGAUAAAGAGGUGCAAUCAGAUAGACUUGAUGAUUCAACGAGGACCAGCAGAUUUGGUAGCACAUCAAGAGCAACGACAACUAACUGGACUUAUUAUUCUCCAAAUAGUUACACAGGAUAUGCUGGACGAUAUUCUACACAGUAUUCAACGCUACGUGAAAACUCAACUAACAAUUCGUGUGACAGAAGCAGUCGAAGUCACAGUAGAGAGCCACCACCAAGGGAUAGUAAUAAUUCUAGUCCUUUUAACAACACCAAUGGUAAAAGUAUAUCUUUGUCAAAUUCCACAGGAAACAAUCAAACAAAUGAAUCAAAUCAAGAAAUUGUUGCAGUGUAUGAACAUAAUAAAGAUGAUGAUACAUCCGAAAUAAUUAUAAAUGUAAAUCUCAAACUAAAAAGGGCUAAAAGUCCUUUAGCAGCAGCUGGUGAAUUGGUUUCACCUGAAGUAACUAUAACUAACAGUAGUCAAUUGCCACCUCAAGCUCCAAAAACUGAAGGAACUACCAAAGUGAAAAAAACAAAAGUAAGAAAAUCUAGCACGGAUUCAUCAUCAGAUUCGUCGUCUAAGAAAAAAGUCGUAAAAAAACGAAGUAAGUCCACCAGCUCUACUGAUUUGGACCAAACAAAUGAGUCAAGUGAUAAACAAAAAGAUUCAUUAAUUUCUCCACCAAAAAGUAUUUCGAAAAAGUCAUCAUCUAGUAAUAUUCCGAACGGCCAUCCGAAAUUCAAACAUUCCAAAUCGAGAGAAAGUAAUAGUCCAGAAUCAAGUAUUACAUUGUCAACGCAGUCAUCAAUAAGUGAAGAUGAUUCAAUAUCUAAAUCUAAAACUCAAGACAUAUCUCGAACAUCGGCUGAUGAAAUAUCAAUACCAAGCGAUAAAUCUGGAAAACAAUUAUCACCUGCGAAAAAUGAAAAUGGCACUGAGGAAGCUAAAUCAUUUUUGAUUCGAGCUCUUGCACCUGUAACCAACUUAUUUAAAAUGAAACACCAAGAUUCAAGUGAUAAUAGCCGCUGGCCUGAAAAUUCAAUUUCUGAAUCAACUGGAAAUGAUGUUUCGAAUCUUAUUACAGAAAGUGAUAGGUCUAGCAAAAGUAAAAACAUAAUUGCUUCAAAUGAAGAUAAUUUGGUUCAGUUGAAAGCUAUAAGGCAUAUUGAAUCCGGGGAAAGAGCUUGGUGGCUAGACUCAGAGUCUGAUAAAAAAAGUAAAACAACCAGCAGUGAAAAUCAAACUCCGGAUAAGAAAAUGUGUAAAAAAAUAAAAAGAAUAGAGUCAGGUGAAAAAGCGUGGUGGAUGGAAUCAAAUAGUGAAAAUGAAAAAUCUUCAAAACAGCAAGUUGAAAAUUCUGGGCAAAAUAAAUCUGGAACGAAAUUUCAAGCGUUAGAUGAUGAAAAACCUUGGUGGCUAGAUAGUAACGCUAACAUUCCUGAAGGCGUUGAAAUAUUAACUCCUCCGAGAAAAACAUCUAGUGAGAGUGACAAAAGUGAAAAAUACAACUUUUACAAAGUUAGACAUAUUGAAUCAGGAGAUGCCAAGGACUGGUGGCUUACAAGUAAUGAAAAUUCUUCACAGACUAGUAAACCCGAAAUGCAAGGUAGUUUAAGUAAAUCUGGAUCAGAGCAAAGAAGUUUUUCGUUGAGAAGAAUCAGACAUGUUGAGUCUGGAGAAAAACCAUGGUGGCUGUCUAGUGGACAGAAUAUUCCAGAAGGUAUUGAAAAGCUGCCUACACCACCUCCUAACGAUGAUAGUGAAAGUUCAAGUUCUGAAGAAGUAGAAGUAUUUAUUCCACCUGUAGCCGUUCCACCAUUUCCGCUUCAUUUGCCUGAUGAUGAGCCUUUAGGAGACAGAAGAAGCCCUGAAGGACUCGAAACACCAAAGGAAAAUGAAGAUUACAGAGGACGGACUUCACCUUAUGAAAAUAAUCGACAAUUCAGACGGCGACACUCUACUUAUCCAAAGAAUAUGGAUAGAUUCAUAUCCCGAUAUAUGGAUAUUGAUGAUAUAUUAGGGACGUCCAGCCAGAUCUACAGUCCAUUCAUGGAUUCAAUUUUGGCGAGACGGACUGGCCAAAUACCCUACGAUGAUGACGAUGAAUGUAGAGAAAUAGAUCCGACUCAAGUCAGGAUCCAUGACAGUACUGCACAAAGGCCGGUCAUCAAAAAACUCCGAUGCAGGAGCGAGAUCGUCGAUUAUCGAGAUGAAGAUCAGUUGGACGAUGCGACUCUUCAAGUUUUUAAAGAUGGAGACUACGGGCCGUACCUGGAUCUGGACUCCACGCUGGGCGAGCAGGACGAAGAAUUGGAAGGUUUACAAGAUAAUCGAAAGAAUUCGCUCGUGCUGCGAACCCAGCUCCCAGUUCGAGUACAUGCUAUCAUUGAGAGGCUUUUAAACACGCAAGGUCGGGAUCUGCGCCGAGCUCUGUUCUCGUUGAAGCAAAUCUUGCAAAUGGACAAAGACUUCGUACACGAGUUCGUGGCGAACAAGGGCUUAGAUUGCCUUAUGCAGGUCAGCAACCUCGAACAGCAGAACUACAUCGAUUACACGCUGAGAGCCCUUGGACAGAUCUUGUUAUACGUGGACGGGAUGCACGGCGUCAUGGCUCACCAGGGUUGCAUCGAAUGGCUUUACUCUCUUAUCCUUAGCGUAUACCGCCACGUAGUCAAAACCACCCUCAAAUUACUAGUCAUUUUCGUAGAAUACUCUGAAAACAAUAGCUUACUCCUCAUCGAAGCUAUAAAAGCAGUCGAUCACCCGCUGAGAAGAUGGCCUUGGUAUAAUGUGAUGAAGAUUCUUCAAGACGUCGAUGCGUCGGACACAGAACUAUUAAUAUAUGCCACAACUCUCAUCAAUGCUUGUCUGAAUAAGAUUCCAAACAGAGACACGUACUAUGAUCAGGUAGAUGCCUUGCAGGACCAAGGCAUGGAUGAUAUAAUUCAGCUAUACAUGUCCAAACAAGGCACUGAUUUAGACCUGUUAAGACAAUUGCAAAUCUUCAGUGCUGUGCUUCAAUACGAAGAUGGCGAUGAAACUGGCACUGCAUUAAAACUUCUAGACGAAUCUAUAGUAUCGACAGUGCGCCAAAGAAGUAUACAUGUAAAUUCACCCGAUCGCAGGAAAUCAAAACGGCAACAGAUGAAAGAGAAAGCUCCGGAACCAGAAAAAAAUAAGAACAACCAUAGACCACAAUUCCUGCCAGCUAUUGUAGACAACAAAGACUGUAUAGACUUAAGAACUACUUUAAGAAAACGAAGAUUCCUAAGACAAGCUCAUCACAUCAGUCAUCAAGAGGAGCUUCUGAAUGACCCUGUCAAGAAUGGAGUUAACUCAAAUGGGUCUACACAUUACACGAACGGGUACAAUGGCCACCAGGAGGAAAGUUUACGCCCGCUAUGGUUUUCGUCUAAAAACGGGUCACCAGCUGAAACUCUUAUGAAUGGUAACCAAAGAUAUACUACUGGUCUCAAGCAAAGAAUUCAAAAUGGAACCCUGGGACACAGCGUAAACGGUGUUGAUGCUUUAGCAGCAAUUCGUCAAAAACAAUUGGAGAAUAGUGUUGAAGUCAAAGAUGAUAGAGAGAUACUGUUAAAUAGAGAACAUAGUAUUAAAGAAUUGGCACAGAGACUGACCAGUCCAGUUAGUCCAACAACAGAAGAAAAACCAUUAAGAGUUGCCGAGAUGGCAGGAAUUGUAUCGAAAGCAAAAGAAGAAUUGGCUAAAUCACAGACUAAAGAAGUUAUAAAAAGUCCAAGCAUAGAAAAAGCGCCUAAAGUGACACACGAGGUGAAAGUAUCCGAGAACGACCUGCACUGGGAGGAGCUGAAAAAGUCCGCAGCCGAGCGAGCAUUCCACCUUUGUGACCUGGACUUUUCGGAGCUGAGACAGGAUUUGGACUACGACGUGACGUCGCCUGCCACCAACACACCCUCUUGCCCUCCCCCGCCGCCUCCAAACAUGUUGUUCGCGGGACCCCCGCCCCCACUACCCAAUUCCUUCCAAAGCAUGCACAGUAUCCCCACUCCCCCGCCCAAACCCUCCUCCACCAUUGAACAGCCCCUUGACUCCGACAGCUCAACCAUCAAGAAAAACAAAAAGACUGUCAAACUUUUCUGGCGUGAAAUCCAAGACAACCCCAUACCUAUAAACUUCAGGUCUAAAGUCGGUGGAAGCAUUUGGGAUGACCUUCCAGAAAUACCCAUCGACACCAAUAUUUUGGAGCAUCUCUUCGAGUCCAGAACCAAUGACUUAAAUAUAAAAGAAAAACUAUCAGAACCAAAGAGAAACCUCGUUUUGGACGCAAAGAGAUCAAAUGCAAUAAAUAUUGCGAUGAAGAAGUUGCCAACGCCACAGUCAAUCAAAGCUGCUAUUAUGAAGAUGGACGCUACAGUCAUCAGCCGGGAAGGGAUUGAGAAGCUAUUGACUAUUCUGCCCACUGAAGAGGAAAAAAUUAAAAUUCAAGAAGCACAGUAUGCAAAUCCAGAUCUACCGCUGGGCAGUGCCGAACAAUUUCUUCUAACCUUUUCCAUCAACGAACUGUCGUCCCGUCUCAAGCUCUGGGUCUUUAAGUUAGACUUCGAUAACUUGGAGAAAGAAAUUGCGGAACCAUUAAUGGACCUCAUGCAAGGUAUUGAACUUUUAAAAAACAACAAGACGUUCAAAGUGAUAUUGUCAACACUGCGGACGGUUGGCAGCUUCCUCAAUGGUAGCCAAGUUAAAGGCUUCCGAUUAGAUUAUCUGUCGAAGGUUAUGGAGGUUAAGGAUACAGUUCACAAACACCCAUUGUUAUACCAUGUUUGUGAAAUGAUCAUUGAAAAAUUCCCAGACACUACGGACCUGUUUAGCGAGGUGGGUCCAGUGAUAAGAGCAUCAAAGGUGGAUUUCGACAUGCUCAGCGCAAAUUUGGAAAAGCUAGAGGCCGACUGCAAGGCGGCUUGGGACCACUUGAAGAAAAUAGCGAAACAUGACCCGCAAAUAUUUAAGACAAAGAUAAAUGAAUUUCUGACGGACGCUGCUGAACGAAUCAUCUUGUUGACAGAGAUCAAAAAGAGAGUUAUGAACAGGUUUGACAAGUUUCUGAUGUACCUGCUGGUGCCUCCAGCAGACGUGUCGAAGAGCAAGGCGACUGAGUUUCUGAAGGUGAUCGCGGAGUUCGCACUGGAGUACCGCACGACGCGCGAGCGAGUGCUGCAGCAGCUCGAGAAGAGGGCCAACCACCGCGAACGGAACAAGACCAGGGGCAAGAUGAUCAUUGAUGUGACGAAUUACGGCACAAAGAACGGCGACCACAGCGCCGACAGCGCGCUGAAGGAGCUCCUGAAGACCGACGCCGACUCCCACAGCCUGACCGAUAGCCGCCGCAAGCCCAGCAUGCGACGACCCAUCGUCAAGAGCAAUUGCGUUGACCUGUCGCCCGAUGAAGAAAUUAUCGAGAGCCUGGUGAGGUCAGCGACCUCCAAGCGCAAGCCUGUUCAGAGAGAGAGGAGAAAAAACAGACUGUCGGACAGAAAGAGCUUAAACAGGACCCUGGACGGCCACCAGUCUUGGCCAGGAAGAGAAACUACGGCGGGGUGUAAUGAAAGUCAAGGAAGGUAGCAUGUGUGAAGAAACUGAGGAUUGUGCCAAAAUGUUACGUUAAGAAAUAAAAAGUAAAACAAACUAACUUCAAAUAAAAUCAAGUUUUUAACAGCUGGCAUACUGAGCCUUUUAAAAGCGGUUUCUGUGGUUACAGUUCUUACGUGUAUUAUAAUACACGUGUUUUUUUAUACACAAAACUCACUCGAAUACUGUGCAAUGGUUUGGAUAUUUUUAAACAUUAUUAACAUAGAUUGUAACCAGCCUUUAUGCAGGAUGAGAAUACCCAGCGGAAUACAACAUUGGUUUAGCUCUUUUGCAGGCCUCGAAAUGAGCCCUAUACUGUGUUUCAGUAAUGAUGUUUGUAGCCAGUAUGCCAGCAAUGGAGGUCGAAUACUCUAAAGCAAGUAAUAGUUCACCAAACGUAGCGAAUUCAACGUACAUUGCUGAUUUCUCGUUGGUGUAACAAAAACGCCCAUGCCUCCUAAGCAAUGGAUCUUGAUUCGCGUCUGCCUCCGUCUGAAUUCGCAAAUAGUGUAUAAUAGUGUAUUUCUAUAUUAAAUGUUCCGGCGGGACUGUGACAUUGUAAUUUAUAUAAUAAUCCUAAUUUAAUGAAGUUUAUUUGUUGUGUAUUGCAUGUAAAUAAAAUAUUCGUAUGUAAAUAUGUGCAUGAAGUCCCAAAACCUCGCUCUUUGAUUUUUUAUUGUAUAUUAGGUGGGGGAAUGUUGGUAUAUCUUUAUAUAUAUAUAUUCCCAAUUUUCGAAUCGGUAUCCAGUGUUAUCUAGGUAAUAAAUGACUAUUUACAUAAUAAUAUAAUAAAAUUCAUUCAUUUUCUUAUUAACUGAAUUUACACCUUUAUAUAGGUAACGUGUAUUUCUCAACUUCAAGUAAUAAGUGCUAAUUAUAGAGCCUCUUUCCAUCAAUGUAUUUUUAUGCAGUGUAAAAAUAUAAAUUUGCUGGAUUUUGCGACUUGGCUUGUUUGGACACCACUACAUAUGUGCACAAAUAAUAUUGUUUUACCUACAAAAAGAAACGAAAGAUUUAGCCUUAUACCAAUAGCUCCUCCAUUGAUAUAUAUAUUUGGUAGGUAUACUUAAUGAAAAAGGCAUUUACUUUUUACCAUGCAUAUUCCCAUUUUCCUUUUCCAUGUCUUUCUUUAAAUGAUUUUUAUAUUGUUAAAUGUAAGUUUAUAAUUUUUAAAUGCAUCACAUUUUUUCCUGUGGCACUUACCACAUUUACUACUUAAUGCAUUUACGUAAAUCAAUUCCUGUGCAGAAACACUAUCCAAAUAAAAUCGUUAGACUUUUCUCAAAAUCUAAUUAUGUACCUAAUGAUGUACCUACUUUAAAUUAGUUAAUAUACUUACUACAAACGAGAUUGUAAUUUAAAUUAACCACAAUUUUGUAGGUGUUCCUCUCUUUCUCUCUCUCUUUCUGUUUUAUUUGUAGGUAAAACACUCAUCAUUCGAAAAUCCUAAGACAUAGAAAAAGAAAAAGUGUUACGAUAUUUUCUUCUUAAUUUAUGUUAUUUUGAGUAGGUAAAACUACUCUUGGUGGUGGUGAAUAAAGACUCCAAAUUACGUGAUAUCUGUUCUAUAAAGCACCUACAAUGGAUAAAUUUCAUAAUGCUGAUACUGAACUAAAUGAAAUUAAAAUACCUUAUAGUUAUAAAUCUGAAGAAUAAUAAUCUGCAGGAUAAUUCUGUAAAACCCUAUUCUGUAAUAGGUAGGUACAGGGCAUGAUAUUUGUUGUCUACUGGUAUUUUCUCCAAUAGGAUGUUACUAUUGUAAGAUCCUAUAUGUUUGAUUGUGUCAAAAACAUGAUGAACAAAACAACUUAUGAUAGUCCCUAAUUCUAAUGCUAAAUUGUGUUUUUUUUUU